GAACCUACCAAUUUUCCCUUUGAAAAAAAGAACUACUCCGUAUCAUUUAUUUUGAGCUAAAGAACCUACCAGCUACACGUAUCGCACCCUUCUCCCAUACACCCCGUUGAAGGCCAGCAAACGCACGCCGUGCCCCACGCUUCAUCACACUUCACACCUCACGCGCGUACGCUUGUCUAGUUCGUCCCCCUCGCCGGCGACCCACCCAUCCAUUGAUGGCAGCGACGGCGGUCGUGGGCGCCGCUUCUCGCUCCCGUCUCCUCCUCCACCACCACCGACUCCCUCAGGUUCCAGCCGGUGGGGGAGGUUCGCUGAGGGUGGGCGCGCUCGGGGCCGGACGGGAUUGGAGACGACGGGUCCGGGUCGGGGUUAGGGUUUUCGCGCGCUACUCCUCCCAGCCACAAGACUUCUCUAGUCGACUCCAAGAUAGAGCUGGUGAAUUGCCGAAAUUAGUAGAGGAUCUUCUCCAGACGUCGAUUAGCACAGGGCCUCGAGGUGCCUUUAGGAUGGCGCAAGGGAUCCAAGCUCUCCUUGGGGUUGGUGGGGAGUGGCUAAAUGACUUCUCGAAGACAGCUAACACGUCAGAAGGAAUUCCAGCUCAGAUGCGUCUUGGUUUGCUUUCCCCUCUUUACCUCAGAAGGCUUUUUGAACGCAUGGGUGCAACUUAUAUCAAGCUAGGUCAGAGUUUUGAAGGGUACCAUAUGGACAAUUUGAGAGCACAUGACCUUUUUGGGGAUGGUGAUUUAGGGCAGUUCAUAGCGUCUGCACCAACUUCCUUUCCUGCAGAAUAUGUUGAAGAAUUCCAGAACUGUUUUGACCGAGCACCACCUGUUCCUUAUAGCGAGAUCGAGUCGAUAUUGCGUGAGGAGUUGCAGCGGCCAUUGGAUAGUGUCUAUGAGUACAUUGAUCCCGUGCCAAUAGCAUCUGCUUCAAUAGCACAGGUUCAUGGGGCUAGAUUGAAGAGCUCUCAGAAGGAUGUGGUGAUUAAAGUCCUGAAACCUGGAAUUGAAGAUACUUUGGUUGCCGAUCUGAAUUUUAUCUAUCUUGUUGCACGUGUUUUGGAGUUUCUAAGCCCUGAAUUAGAGAGGACAUCACUGGUAGCUAUCAUCAAGGACAUAAAGGAAUCAAUGCUUGAGGAAGUUGAUUUUAGAAAGGAAGCUGUAAAUAUGGAGGCUUUCCAGAGAUACAUCGAAGCAAUGGGAUUUGAUAGGCAGGCCAAAUCUCCAUUUGUGUAUCAGCACUGUAGCACAAAGCGUGUCUUAACUAUGGAAAGAUUGUAUGGUGUUCCACUCACCGAUCUUGAUUCUAUAAGGUCUCUUGUUCCUGAUCCUGAGUUGACUUUAGUCACUGCCCUCAAUGUCUGGUUUGGAAGCUUGAUCUCAUGUGAAUCCUUCCAUGCGGAUGUGCAUGCAGGAAACCUAUGGUUGCUUCGUGAUGGACGUGUUGGAUUUAUCGAUUUUGGAAUUGUUGGUCGAAUAUCCCCAAGGACUUGGGCUGCUAUGGAGAUCUUUUUGGCUUCUUUCGCAACUGAGGAUUACAAUGCUAUGGCAUCGGCCCUUUCCGAAAUGGGUGCUACAGGGAAUGAUAUAGAUGUUGACUCCUUUGCAAAGGACUUGCAAAAUAUAUUCUCAUCGCUACAGGAGUUGGAUACUGAAAUUAUAGUGGCAGCUGCAAGAAGUUCUGAUGCUGCAGCUGUAUCUGCUAAUGUUGUUGUAGACGAGAGGCAGAUGAAUGCACUGUUUCUUGAUCUGGUAAGGGUUAGCGAGUCAUAUGGGCUGAAAUUUCCUAGGGAAUUCGCUCUUCUCAUGAAGCAACUUCUUUAUUUUGAUCGGUACACUAGACUGCUGGCUCCCAGCAUGAACAUGCUGCGAGAUGAGAGGAUUAACAUUACUUCCAACAAGCACACCAGAAGAAUGAAUUGAUUCUAUCUUCCAUCAUUUGAGGAAUUGGUGCAAGACAUGGACAAGUGAUAUUGUGAGUUGUGACAAGCUUAUGCAACCAUUCUAGAACUGUGUAUAAUUUAAUACGACCAGCAUAGAAGUGAAUCACGUGAGGGGAAACAUAACACUGGCUCCUGUUGUGGAACUUAGGCAUCUUGGAGCGGAAAUUGCUUUUGGAUCUCGGGCUACAUGUAGACUGGAAUUUGAAAAUUAUAAAAUCAUAAUUUUCAAGUUUUAAAAAGUUCUGAAUA